AAAGUGCCGAAGGUGCCACCUGAUGUGCUAGAAAACGUCAAACGCGUGGCAAUUCCAAAUACUGCUGCAAACUUUUUUUUGUUUACGUUUACACCGCAGUUAAUUCUGCAUUGCAUUCGACAACGUUGCGCGCGCCUUGCGUAUUGUGGUGCGUUCGUGUGAACAGCAGCAGCAGCAGUAAAAACCAAUUUGCAUUGAACUAUUCAAUCUCACACACGCACACACACACACACACACACACACACUCGUGCAUUGACAUCUAUAUCGCAUCCAAAGUUAAAAAUUCUUAAACAGCCUCUGCCUGCUGCUAUCUUGGCUAAUUGUUGUGCGGCUUUUGCCUCCAUUUGCUUUACAUUGCUGUCGCGUAGCCGCUGCUGAGACGCCAACGACAAAGCCAACGGCGACGCCAACGUCGACAAAGCCGUCGACACGUCAACACAAACCGAAUUGGAAAUCUGUAUCCAGCUAACGUAACGUAACUGUAUUUCAUUAAAUCACAAUACUGGCGAGAUGCGUGUGAGCAACAUACGCAGCGGCCGCAUUUGCCGCUUGGUUCUCUGCCUGCUGGUCAUAUUGCCGCUGCUCUAUUUGCUGGCCAACUGGAGUGAUCAUCACAAGCGUGUCCAGGAGGCGUAUCAUACGCGCUUUGGCGGACCCAAGUUCAGUCAUCAGCGCCUCGAGAACAGGCCACGUGAGGUGCCCAAGCUAGUGGAGGGUCUGGGCAACUUUGAGCCGAAAGAUCUGAAGCCACGUAACGGGCCCGGCGAGAAUGGAGACGCGCACACGCUGUCGCCGGAUAAGAAGAACGUGGCCGAUGCCUCUGAAAUGGAGUAUGGCAUGAAUAUUGCCUGCUCCGAUGAGAUAUCGAUGCAUCGUUCGGUGCGGGACACACGGCUCGAGGAGUGCAAACAUUGGGACUACCCAUAUGAUCUGCCGCCGACCAGUGUCAUCAUUGUGUUCCACAACGAGGGCUUCUCAGUGCUCAUGCGCACCGUGCACUCGGUCAUCGAUCGCUCGCCCAAGCACAUGCUGCACGAGAUCAUAUUGGUGGACGACUUCUCGGACAAGGAGAAUUUGCGCACCAAACUGGAUGAUUACGUCCUGCAGUUUAAGGGCCUGGUCAGGAUUAUACGCAACACUGAGCGCGAGGGUCUCAUACGCACACGCUCGCGCGGCGCCAUGGAGGCCACAGGUGAGGUGAUUGUUUUUCUGGAUGCGCAUUGCGAGGUAAAUCUCAACUGGCUGCCACCGCUGUUGGCGCCCAUUUAUCGGGACCGGACGGUGAUGACGGUGCCGAUCAUUGAUGGCAUUGAUCACAAGAGCUUUGAGUAUCGUCCGGUAUAUGGAAGCGACACCCAUUUCCGUGGCAUCUUCGAGUGGGGCAUGCUGUAUAAAGAGAACGAGGUGCCGCGUCGGGAGCAGCGUCGUCGUGCCCACAACUCGGAACCCUAUCGCAGUCCAACGCAUGCGGGCGGUCUGUUUGCAAUAAAUCGCGAAUACUUUUUGGAGCUGGGCGCCUACGAUCCCGGCCUGCUGGUGUGGGGCGGCGAAAACUUUGAGCUGAGCUUCAAGAUCUGGCAAUGCGGCGGCAGCAUUGAAUGGGUGCCCUGCUCUCGUGUGGGCCACGUCUAUCGCGGCUUUAUGCCGUACAACUUUGGCAAGCUGGCCAGCAAGAAGAAGGGCCCGCUGAUUACCAUCAACUAUAAGCGCGUUAUUGAGACCUGGUUCGAUGAUACGCACAAGGAGUUCUUCUACACACGCGAACCGCUGGCACGCUAUCUGGACAUGGGCGACAUUACCGAGCAGCUGGCAUUGAAAAAGCGCCUCAACUGCAAAUCAUUCCAAUGGUUUAUGGACAACAUUGCCUACGAUGUGGUUGACAAGUUCCCAGCCCUGCCGGCUAAUUUGCAUUGGGGCGAAUUGCGCUCGGUUGCCUCUGAUGGCUGCCUGGAUUCUAUGGGCCAUCAGCCGCCGGCCAUAAUGGGUCUCUCCUAUUGCCAUGGCGGUGGCAAUAAUCAGCUGGUGCGACUGAAUGCCGUCGGACAGCUGGGCGUUGGCGAACGCUGCGUGGAAGCGGACCGUCAGGGCAUUAAAUUGGCCAUCUGCCGCUUGGGCACCGUCGAUGGACCCUGGAGCUAUAAUGAGCAUACCAAACAUUUGCUGCAUCGCGUCCACAAAAAGUGCAUGGCACUGCAUCCAACGACGCAGCAGCUCUCGCUGGGACAGUGCGAUGUCAACGAUGGCUACCAGAAAUGGCUCUUCAAGGAGAUACGUCCGCACUGGUAGGAGCGCCGGGGCACCUAAGGCGGCAGCCAGGCAUUAAGGCAAUAUCUAUCAAGGGUUUCAAUGGGACGUGCAUCAUGACCGGCAGGGGUAAUGUGGGUGGGCUCGAGGGGGGUAUCCAACGGGGUUUGGCACCGUUUUAGACAAAGGGAAUUUAGUGAAAAUGAAAACAAAUGGAAUUGUUGUUGGUUUUAUAACGUGCACACACACCCACACACGUACAUCUAUAUAUAUUUAUAUAUAUACUUCUAUAUUUAUAUAUAUAUAUAUAUAUCUUAUGGGCCUGGGCAAUCGGUUUACUUGGGCAUUACUUAUUUAUGAUUUCCCAUGAUAUUGAGCAAUACAAAUAGAUAUUAAUAUUAUCACUUUCUAAAUUGAGUUGCAUGCAUGUAAAUUGCGAACAAUUCGAGCUGUGAUAAGCAGUCCAGAGAUUGGCAUGACUCCAAAUUUGCAAUAUUUAAGAAAUACCCUCAAGAUAUUUACAUGUGCAAAAGCUAAGCUAUUUGUUUUUUGACAUGAAUAACCGAGCAUAGAUUGGUGCUUGCUUUAAGAAAAAACUAAUUCGAAUAUUAUGCAAUUGACUGGAACUAAGUUAAAUAUGUAAAUUAGCCCAACCGACUGCCCAUAAGUUACCCAGUUAUAAAAAAAAUGUGUGUGUACGUUUAUUUUUGUUGUGCACAACGCAUGCGAGAGAGUGAGAGCGACGAGUUUGACGCACGAGCGAGAUGGCGAGUAAAGGCGUGAGCGGUGACGCUGCGCUGCAAAAGAGGGAGAGCGAGUCGUGUGCAAUAUAUAUAUAUAUAUAUAUAUCUGUUCGUUUGCAAUAAAAGCCUUGCCAGGACAUUAUUAUGAAUAUCAGCAAACUAAUUUGUAAUAUUGUAGUACAUAUGCCUACUACAACUCCAUGUAACUAUGUGUAUCUCUCUCUAUAUACAUAUAUUUAUUAUAUGCCUAUGUUUAUUAACUAAGUUUAUUGCUGCCACAUUCCAGAAACUGAUAUAAAGCUCAACUUUAUGCAACUUUGCCGAUUUGUAACUAUAUUUUGUAUUUUAUUUUUUUGUUUUUAAUUUUUUCAUGUGCAUUUUGUUAAUAUUAAUUAUAUACAUAGUUUAUAGACGUUUAUUGAAAUUGAAUUGAUUGGAAUUCCCAAACACAACCAAUUUGUAGCACGCGCAUUUCUCGCAGUCGCUGUGUGUUUUUAAAUGUAAUUUUUAUUAUACAUUCAUAUACAUGCAUAUACACAAUAUAUAUAGGGUAUAUAUAUGCAAUAUAUAUAUAUAUACAUAUUAUUUACAUUCAAGUGUAACUCUAGAGUUAUAAGUCUGAAUAAUAAAUAGUAAUAAAAAACGUUUUCUAAACACUACUAUAAAAAAUAA